AUGGCAGCCCAAUUUGAAGCUGCAGAGGCUCGCAACAAGCUGGAGGAUCUCUCUGGAAUUCAGCUUGAGCCGGGCGAGAACCCAUACAAUGCCCUCAUCAAAGCCUGCAAUGAUAAUCCGGCUGAGGUCCAAACUCUGUACUCUGUCCACCGAACAAAGAGGAACGGCCAACAAGCGGAGAAGUUUUUGUCCCCUGACUUUAAGGAGCUGGUUAUUGACCAGACACUCCUACGGCUUGAAGAUCCGACUGUAGAGCCGGGAUUUCGUGACAAUAGGAACUGUUUGGUCGUCUGGGCCAGACCCCCAGACCAUGUUAUCCGCUUAGCCUCUAAGGUCAAUGAGUUACUCAAGAAGGCCGCGCCCAGUAUCUGGCUUAUGCCUUCGCAUAGGAUGCAUUUGACAACCCUCGAGGUUGCGUUCUCCAAAACACCCCAGGAGAUUGCUGCCUUCGUAACGACUCUGAGACCGGCUAUCCCUGACAUUGUGAACUACCCAUAUCGUCACAGGUCUCGCCUUGUCAAGCCUAUGGUUUCUUAUGAUUUGUCUGCUUUUGCCCUCUCGUUCCUCCCAGCAUCAGGUGAAGCAGCACUCUCCCCUCCACUCACCGAGCCUGUUAUUACAGAGGGGAUCACACAGGGAGACGCCUACACAUAUCACCAUCUGCGUCGCGACGUGUACGACAAGGCACAGGAAAGCGGCGUCGUGGUUGCAUCAAGAUAUCAAGUUCCCAGUGCGCACAUCACGCUUGGACGCUAUCUGAAUCACAAUGACCAUGACACGCCAGAGAAAAGGGCAGCCUGGGUAAAGGCCAUUGAGGAGGUCAAUGCAUGGCUAGAGAAGGAGGUCUGGGAUAAUCCUGACUCCGAGUACAAUGCUGGCGAGUGGCUAGUCGGCCAUGAGAGAGGACUGGAUGCACGAAAUGGCACACUCUGGUAUGGAGGCGGCAAGACUAUAAUGCUGGGUGAAGGAUUUUAG